AGAGAGCAGUGUGAUUUGACCCAGCCCUUCUUCUGCAGUGAAGCAUUUGUGGGUGCCACGGGUAAAUUUUAAUACCGAAAGUGUCCCACGGCACGUACGCCGCAGAAAUGGCUGCUGCGGCUCCAGAAGGAACACCCGCACUGAGUGUUGAGAACGAUGUAACGCCCACAGAGACAAACGAGGACAACGGCGAGGAGAAAGAAAAGGGCCUCGCAGAACCGGAAACCGAGGAACCACGCAGCAGCGUAAAACCGAAAAUGGAAGAGGUGAACACGGGGGCCGGCGAAGAGAAGCCCGCUGCAUCGGCAGACAAGGCCGAGAGGGAGGCGGUGACAGAGGACAGUGCUGCUGCAACGGUGACCCAAGUGGCUACAGUCGCUCCUGAGGACCCGGAGCUAAAGCAGGAGAUACAGCAAAUCCCCGGAGAAGGUAGCGUUAACAACGAACCAGCCAACGAUAACGCAUUGAAAGAAGCAAAGGAGGAACCAAGCGAGGACAGCCAGGGUUCGGGGAUAAACUGCGAAAAGAGCAAAACAGUUUGUGAAGAUGGUGAGAAACCCAGCGGCGGGAGCGGGGAGCUGGGCGACAAGAGGCGGCCGAGUGUGGAGAUGUCAUCCUCGGAUGGUGAACCGUUGAGCCGUAUGGACUCAGAGGACAGUCUCAGCAGUACCCUGAUGGAGAUGGAGAGCACCGUGUCAAGUGGGCGCUCCACCCCUGCUAUGAUGAACGGACAGAGCAAUGCCAGCUCCUCCGGGGCAAAGACAGUGGCCUACUCCUGCUGCUGGGACCUCUGUCCACAGUGCUUCAACUCAAGUCCUGAUCUGGCAGAGCAUAUCAGGGGCAUUCAUGUGGAUGGGCAGAGAGGAGGGGUGUUUGUGUGUCUAUGGAAGGGUUGUAAGGUGUAUAACACACCGUCCACCAGUCAAAGUUGGCUCCAGAGACACAUGUUGACCCACAGUGGAGAUAAGCCCUUCAAGUGUGUAGUUGGUGGCUGCAAUGCCAGCUUUGCUUCUCAAGGAGGGUUAGCCCGCCAUGUCCCAAGCCACUUCAACCAGCAGAGCUCCUCCAAAAUGUCUGGCCAGGCCAAACUCAAGGAGGAGUCACCCUCCAAAGCUGGACUCAACAAGAGAAAGAAACUUAAGAACAGACGCAGGUGUACCCUACCGAGACCCCACGACUUCUUUGAUGCCCAAACCAUGGAUGCCAUCCGCCACAGGGCCAUCUGUCUCAACCUCGCCACCCACAUCGAAAGUGUGGGCAAUGGCCACAGUGUGGUCUUCCACAGCACGACGUGCACAAGCUGCUUCAGAGCGAAGAAAGGACCACAAUUUUACUUCAUGUCUCAUUCACCGGUGCUAGCCAGAAGGAAAGAGGGAUCUGGCAAGGUGAAGGUCCUCCUACAUUGGACACCGGAGGACAUAUUACCUGACGCGUGGGUGAAUGAAACAGAGCGAUCUCAGCUGAAGACUAAAGUGGUGCACUUAUCCCAGUUACCACAGGACGCUGCCAUGCUGCUAGACCCAAACAUCUAUAGAGCACUUCCUCAAAAGCGGCUGAAGCACAGCCUGUAAGGAGUCAUCUGUGGACUUGAUACUUAAGGGGAAAUGCUUGUUCAUAGGAGGUUUAUCUAUAUGGGAUGGGACGCUCUUCAUCUGUCUCUGCUGAACGGGGGGAGUGAAGUGGCGAUAAAAGGAAGUGAAACUUGGCUAUGCUGCAGUUUCUUCCCUCUUCAGUUUUGUAUAUCUGAACAACUAUUGUAGCCAAAUGUGGUGGAAAAUGAGACUAACAAUUUUUUUUAAAGUUUGUGUUCAUCAAAAACUUAAAUGAAUGUUUUUUUUUUUUGGUUUUUUUUUUUUUUUAAACAAGCACCAAACUGAAAAUAUUCUUAAUACCCAGUGGUGUAAAAAAAUGUUUUGUGUAAACUUGUCAGAAAAUACAGCAUAUUUUAUAACUGUUUUUUUUUGUGUGUUAAAAUAUUUAUACAGAUUUGUAAUUUAUUUUUAUACCAUGAAAAUGCUGGUGUACUGUGGAUUUUUGUGAAGGUUUGAAUAGAACCAUAUUUACUGUGCUAAUCUAUGUUAACUGUCACUUUGGAUUGAAUUUUUAGUUGUAAUUACAUUGUACAUGACAGAAGUCUUAACAUAUUAUCCUAUUUAUACUUACUGAAUGCAGUACUUUUACCUGUGUGUAUGACAAUGAAGUGUGAGGUUGUACCAGUCAUAUCAGACAAUACUCUUACCCAGUCUAUAGACAAUACAGCAUAGAAAUGACUAACAUUUCAGCACACACUCAAAGUGUAAAUCAUAACUUAUCCCCACCACAUCUAACAUGAACUGCAUAUAUCAUAGUUGUUAGGAUAGAUUUACAUUACUGCUAUUUAAGCACUCAAAAGUUAUUGUUAAAAAAAGGUGUUUUCUACUGUAUGUUGUCCCUGUUGGAAAUGGAAUACUCUGUUUAUAAUAAAAUGAAGGGAAACGACAGAUGUUGACGAACACAAGUUGUUUAUACAGAUGAGGAUGCAAGGUGUUUGAAUGACAGAAAGGAGCAAUGCAUCCAUUCUGGUAUGAAUAUGAGUUCCUUAUGUGUGCGUUGGAGGGAUUGGCUGGGUUAUUUGGCGUCCAUUAGCAGAACAGCUUUGGGAGCAUGCUGUGGAGGAGCUAAUGACUGGGCCAGCAGGGCAGAACCCCUGCUAACCUCAGCUAUUAGUGAACAUGCCUGCAGAGAAAACUGGGUUCAGGGAGAGGUCCUCUACAAUAUGUCUGUCCUGCUCUUCAAUAUCUCAUGCACUUACACACUCACACAUACAAAAUUCAUAGGGAGUUAGGACUCCAGCAUGUCAUAUAAUGAGGCCUUCAGGUGUUGUUGCAUUCGUUUGUCAGGGAAAGCACUAAAAAGUUUAAUGGCACUC